AUGUCCACUACAGCUAGCCACGAAUCCCCAAGCCUCACACCGGCCGUGAGCGGCGUCCCGAAUGUUUCCGUUGAUGUCGCUCAGCUGAGCUGGCAAAAGGUCGGCAUAAUUGCCGUUAUUGUUCUGGUGGCCGUUCUGGCCAUCACAGCGAUCGUGUUCCUUGCGAUUUGCGCUCACUGGUGCCGGGCGAAGAUCCGGCAGCGAUUCGGCCCCCCGAUCGCUACAUACACACCUACCAAUGCGCACGAAGCCAUGGAACUCCAGGAUUUCUACUCUCGUGGGGCGAGGUUGUCUCCAGGUCGCGCGGAACAGGAGCAGACGGGGGGUGCCGGGGGUGGCGGAGAUGAUGGUCUUGCUGGUGCGGGCGGUGGCUCUGGCGGUGGUGGUGCUGCUGCUGGCGGUGGCGGUGGUCAAGGGGAGCGCCGCUCUUUGACAAGGCUCGGCCAUCUCAAGGGAGUUUUCUUCGGGCCCAAGGGAUGA